AGAUAGACUGGUCCUGUUUCUGAUCCAACUGAACCAAAAACAACACACUCUCUUCCUUUGUGUGUGGCCUGUGUAUGAAGACAUGCUUUAACACGUGGUUUUGCAAUCUUAUUGCUUCUGACUCCUUCACUCUGCUUCAUUAUUCUGCUUCUGAAACUCUGCUUCUAGAGAUAGACAGAGAGAGAAAGAGUUUGUUUUCACUUGUAAAUGAAAGGGGAAGUGAAAAUGAAGUCAAAGAUGAAAUGGGUUGGUUUGAUUGGGCUUGUGCUUUCCGCUUUUUCUAUCUUCAUACACUUUCUUCUUGCUAGAUUCACUGAAAUGGGUGUUGCAGACUAUGAUUCCUCAGUCACUUUCUUCUCUUGGAGACCCAUCUUUGAGAAACCGUUUUUUCCUACAAAUAAUCCCUCAUAUAGAAGACUAUGGGGCCCAGUAAAGCGGCUCGAAUCCUUGUAUCCGGAUUCAAAUCCACGUGGAAAUUAUGCUGGUCCUGCUUCACAAACAAAUGGGUUUAUUUUUGUUCGGAUACUAGGUGGUUUUCAUGAGAUCAGGAAUUCGCUAUGCGAUGUUGUUGUGGUUUCUCGACUUCUCAAUGCUACAUUAGCUAUGCCUGAGAUCCAAUCAACAACCAGCAGCAAGGGAAUAAGCUCUCAGUUCAAGAGUUUUGCAUACCUAUAUAAUGAGGACCAUUUUGUCCUCUCUUUAGCAAAAGAUGUCACAAUUGUGAGAACUCUUCCAAAAGAUCUAAAAGGUGCAAGGAGAAAGAAGGAGAUUCCUGUGUUUAGAGUGCCAUAUUCAGCAUCACCUUUUUAUUACUUGCAUCAUGUUCUCCCUGUAUUAAAGAAGCAUUCGGUGGUUGAACUAGUUAUUUCGGAUGGUGGAUGCUUGCAGGCCAUUCUUCCUCCAUAUUUUGAAGAAUAUCAAAGGCUGAGAUGUAGAGUCUCUUUUCAUGCUCUUCAGUUCCGACAGGAAGUCCAGGAACUUUCUGCCAAGAUUUUGCAGAGGUUACGAGCUUCUGGUCGUCCAUUCAUUGCCUUCGACCCUGGCAUGACUAGAGAAUCUUUAGCAUAUCAUGGUUGUUCAGAACUGUUCCAGGAUGUACAUACUGAACUUAUCCAACACAAACGAUCUUGGAUGAAAAAACGUGGAAUUGUCAAGGGGAAGCUUUCAAUCAACUCAGCUGAAGCAAGACUAAAAGGCUCCUGUCCUUUAAUGCCUGAGGAGAUUGGUAUUCUUCUGCGUGCCUAUGGAUUCUCAAGGGAUGCCAUUAUAUAUGUAUCUGGGGGAGAAGUCUUUGGGGGUCAAAGAACAUUGAUCCCUCUUCAUGCUAUGUUUGAAAAUGUUGUUGAUAGAACUUCUCUUAGCACUCCUUGGGAGCUGAUUAGGCUUUAUGGACAAGAGGGUAAUCUUGUUAAUACCCCUGAACCACCUCCUCUUGCUGAAGAAGUUACAAAGCGUGCUGCUUGGAAGAAUGCGGGUCCACGCCCUCGCCCACUUCCUCCACCUCCAGCAAGGCCCAAAUCAUAUAACAUAGAGGGUUGGUGGGGUUGGGUAGCUGAGAGUGAUAAUGAGCCUGAUAGUACAGUUAUGGAACUGAGGACCAAUGCCCAUAAAUUACUAUGGGAAGCUAUUGACUAUGCGAUUUGUGUUGAAGCUGAUGUAUUCAUCCCUGGAUUUGACCAUGAUGGGAAGGGGCAUCCAAAUUUUGCUAGCUUGGUGAUUGGGCACAGGCUGUAUCAGUCGGCUGCAUUAAAGACAUUUAGACCUGACAGAAAGGAAGCUGCUAAACUUGUAGAUGAGAUUCGUGACCAUAUGUAUCAAGCAAAUCAUACUUGGCUGAAGUCAGUUCGUAGGCAUUUGAGGAAAACAUUACUUGAUGGAAUUAUAGAAGCAUCGAAUAAAUCUAAACCACUAUCCUUUCUCUCUCAUCCAGUUCCUGAAUGUUCUUGCUUGCAGCAUGAAUUCUUUGAAGCAUCAAAGAAUUCUUCUAGUCCUGUAACAUCCCAAUUAUGGACAUCUCUUAGUGUUGUUCAACGGUGUCCUGCAUGGAUGAACACUGGUCCAAUCUCUCAAUCAAAAGACAAGGAAAAUGAAGAAGAUUUAGAUGAUGAUGAUUCUGUAUCUGAGUUAUUUAUUGGACAAAGCGGUGAAAAUCAUGAAAGUGAUGGAGAAAUAAACACUAAAGAAGAAAAUCAAUUUGAGGAUCAGGAAGAGGAUGGUGGGGAAAGAUGACAUCAAGAUAAUGUGUUGAUGGUCCAUCUUACAAUUGAUAAUUGAUUCACAUUCUCGAAUCUUCAGAUCCAUGUACAUAAUCGUUGUUGCUUCCAACUGUUGCUUACUGAAUUCAUUUUUGGGUGAGGGAAGCAGAAAAGCCAUUUAAAUGUGGCUUUGUAACUGAGUCAGGAAUUUCAUUCAUAGUAGAGAAUCAUCUGUAUGACACUAGUGUUUUUAUUUUGAUUUUUGGCUCAAGUUUUGAAAUAUAUAGGUUAAUUGUUGACCUCAUAUCAGUUUUGAUGUAACCUUGGACGAUCUUCCUAGUUAAUAUUAGGUUCAGUUUGGAUUCUUUGCUAGGAAAAUUCCCUGGUUGUCGAAGGUGCACAUUCUUAGACUAUUUAUUUAACUCCAUUUUUGUACCUGAUGAGAAAAGUAAAUCACCCAUUUUAUU